AUGGCGUGGACUUCCAAAAGCCCAUUCCUGGGAACUGGAUCCUUUGACAUUGCCCAGGUCCUGGUCCUUGGCUUCCCUGAGUGGAGUGUUCCAUGUGCUCAGCAGCCUCCUGUCAUCUCGCCCUGGUUAGCCAGAACCCUCCAGACCCAUGGAGUUUUGGUCAGUGUCCCACAAGCUGCCAUUCAGUGUGACUGUCCUGUCGACAUCCUAAGUGUCUAUAUGUUCUUUGCAUCAGUUAUGAAGGUCAAGGAGCAAAUCUUUAGUCGGGGACCUCAAGGCCAUCCGGACCAAGUCCCUUACAUAGUAGUCUGGGAAAAUCUCGUCGAGGACCCCCCUCCCUGGGUUUCUCCUUUCACUCAUCCAAAGCCCAAACCCCUUCUGGAUUCUAUCCCUUUCCCAACAACUUCCGCUCCCCCUGUUCCCCUUUGCCCUGCCGAUCCUCCCAAGCCUCCUAUUUCUUCCAACUUAUACCCUGUAAUAGAUGAUUCCACCUCUUCUCGGCGUCUUAAGCCAAAGAGGGUCCUUCCUCCUGAUGACUCCCCCUUAAUAGACCUCUUAACCGAGAACCCCCCUCCCUACCAGCUUCCCCCUCCACCGGCGCAAGCAUCAAAUUCCUCAGAAUCUGAGGAAGAAUCGAAUAACAUGCCGGAGGAACGCCACCCCUUACCAUCCCCAAUGGCAGGAAGACUUAGGGGUCGCAAGGAACCUGCAAAGGAGGGGUCUUCCAAGCUCCUUCCCCUACGCCAAGGAGGGGGCCCAGGCAACCAAUUCCAAUACUGGCCCUUCUCGGUCUCAGACUUAUAUAAGUGGAAGUCCCAUAACCCUUCCUUCUCACAGGACCCUAUAGCUUUGACCGCUCUGAUCGAGUCCAUUCUCACGCAUCAACCCACUUGGGAUGAUUGCCAGCAGCUCUUGCAGACUCUUCUCACUACAGAGGAGAGACAAAAAGUUUAUCUGGAAGCCAGAAAAAAUGUUCUGGGAGACAAUGGAAGACCUACCCAGCUCCCGAAUGUGAUUGAUGCCGCCUUUCCCUUGACCCGUCCUGACUGGGAUUUCAAUACGGCUGAAGGUAGGACCCACCUAAAUCUUUAUGGCCAGUUACUCAUAGCAGGCCUCCAUAAUGCAGGGCGCUGCCCUACCAAUUUGGCUCAGGUAAGACAGGUUACUCAGGGCUCCGGAGAAUCUCCAACCGCUUUCUUAGAGAGACUUAGAGAGGCUUAUUGUAGAUAUACCCCCUUCGAUCCUGAUAGCCAUGAACAGAGAGGAAAUGUGUCCAUGGCAUUCAUUUGGCAGUCAGCGCCAGACAUUAGACAUAAGUUACAGCGACUGGAGAAUUUACAAGAUUUCUCGUUACAAGAUUUGUUAAAGGAGGCAGAAAAAAUUUAUAAUAAAAGAGAAACUCAGGAAGAAAAGGAAGAAAGGUUA